AUGCCGAAACAAGCCUCCUCAAUAACCACCCUCCUGUCCUCCCUCUCCGUCCUCGCCAAAGCCACCAACCCCUCCCGACCAGCCCGCGCUUCCCUCCGGAUCCACUUCCCCGGCUCCCCCUCUCCCACCACCGUCUCCACUCCAGGCACGCCCCUCACCAAAGACGCUGCCGCCCUGCCCCCCUCUUACUCCAUCUCCGCCACCGCCCUCUCCAACAUUACUUUACCCAACUGCGACCUCAGUCCCGUCUCCAGCCACCACUCUUCUCCCUCUUCUUCUGGCCAUUCUAGGAGAGGCUCCGAAGCCAACAACGCCGCCGGCCAGGUUCCUCAUUACAUGGUCAUCUGUCUCGACCUCGACCCGCCGUUCCCAAGUUUUCCUGUCUUGGCACCGAUUUUGCAUUCCCUCGAAGCAGAUCUGAGGUUGGUGACGGAAGAGUUGGAUGCUGAUGAGGGGUAUAUCUAUCUAACGGCGGAUGAGGAGGAGGCCGGGGGAAGUGAGGGGAUAAGUCACCCUCCAAGAGGGGAAAGGAGGACAAAGCCGGUGGUGGGAUACAUGGGGCCGAAACCGCCGGGGGUGAGUAGUCCCCAUCGCUAUGUUUUCUUGUGCUGGGAGCAACCGGAGGGUGUGACGGGGCAGAAAGUGAGAGAGGUUUUGGGGUUGAAUAACGAUGAGGGAGGAGAAGAGGGGGAGGAUGUGGGAUUAGCGAAGAGGGUGAGAUGGGACCAGGACGGCUUUGAGAGGAUGUUGGGAUUAGGGGAUGUGGUGGCGGGAAAUUAUUUUGUUUGUUGA